GGGACAACGGCCACCUUGGGGCGGAAGCCAGAGUGGAUUUUCCAGAGAAGAAGGCUAAAUCGGGAGACGCACCGGUGUGAAAACCCCAAAUGUCGUCAAGUGAUAGAAGGUCCAGGAUUCGGGACAGGGGCUACAGUGAGGUUCCAGGGGACAUUCCUGGUCCAGAUGGUACCAUAAGAACCCUCCAGUCCCUUCAGAGCAGUGAACUGGCUCUGAGCGCAGAUCCUUUGCCGCCUCCCCCUCUCCCAUUACAGCCACCAUUCGGCCCGAGCUUCUCCUCAAGUGACACAGAGGACCCAGCCGUAGCACCAGACCUCAAGCCGGUAAGGCGCUUUGUCCCCGACUCCUGGAAGAACUUCUUCAGAGGGAAGAAAAAGGAUCCAGAAUGGGAUAAGCCGGUGUCUGAUAUCAGAUACAUCUCGGAUGGUGUGGAGUGCUCACCUCCGGCCUCUCCAGGGAGACCGAACCACUUCCCACCCAGUUCUUACAAAGAUCCUUCUGGAGGGUCGGAAGGUGCCUUCAACUCCCAGCGGGGGGCAGAUGCCAUGUUUCCCCAGGACCCCUAUGCAUCCCUAGACCGGCGCACACAGACGGCGAGGACCUACAGCGAGAAGGUGGAGGAGUACAAUCUGCGAUAUGCCUACAUGAAGUCGUGGGCAGGCCUGCUGAGAAUUCUGGGUGUGGCCGAACUGCUUCUGGGGGCUGGCGUCUUCGCCUGCGUCACGGCUUACAUCCACAAGGACAACGAGUGGUACAACUUGUUUGGGUAUACACAGCCCUAUGGCACGGCGGGUCUGGGCAGCACUUAUGGGGGUUAUUACUACAGUGGCCCCAAGACCCCUUUCGUACUCGUGGUGGCUGGGUUGGCUUGGAUCGCCACUAUUAUUAUUCUGGUGCUGGGCAUGUCCAUGUACUACCGCACCAUUCUUUUGGACUCUAACUGGUGGCCCCUGACGGAGUUUGGCGUGAACGUCGCCUUGUUUAUCCUGUACAUGGCCGCAGCCAUCGUCUAUGUGAAUGACACCAACCGAGGUGGCCUGUGCUACUAUCCAUUAUUUAACACGCCGAUGAAUGCAGUGUUCUGCCGGGUAGAAGGAGGUCAGAUCGCAGCAAUGAUCUUCCUUUUUGUCACCAUGAUAGUGUAUCUCCUCAGUGCCCUGGUCUGUCUAAAGCUCUGGAGGCACGAGGCAGCCCGGAGGCACCGGGAAUUCAUGGAGCAGCAGGAGAUAAAUGACCCAUCAUUGUCAUCAAAAAGGAGAAUGUGCGAAGUGGCCACCAGUGACAGGCAGAGAGACCAAGAAGUUAAUUUCAAAGAGUCAAGAACAGUGAAAACGACCCCUGAGCUUCAAAGCGGGCACAUCCCUCCGGGCUACAUUCCCAAGCCCAUCGUGAUGCCUGACUACGUGGCAAAAUAUCCUGUGAUUCGGACGGAUGACGAUCGAGAACGUUACAAAGCUGUGUUCCAAGACCAGUUCUCAGAGUACAAAGAGCUGUCUGCGGAAGUGCAGGCCAUCCUGAGGAAGUUCGAAGAGCUGGAUGCGGUGAUGAGCAGGCUGCCACGUCAUGCUGAGAACCCCCAGGAACACGAGAGAAUUUCAAGAAUCCAUGAAGAGUUUAGGAAGAAAAAGAAUGACCCUUCAUUUCUGGAAAAGAAGGAGCGUUGUGAUUACCUCAAGAACAAACUUUCUCACAUAAAGCAAAGAAUUCAAGAGUAUGAUAAAGUAAUGAACUGGGAUACGCAAGGAUAUUCUUAGCCCAUUUGAAACUGUUUUUACAGCCAACCAUUUCUUCACUGCCUUUAUAUGCUGGUCUCAUGGGUGAGAAGCCGGCUCUUCCAGGUCAGCUUCUGCUAGGUUUAACAUCCGAGGUUAAACGCUGUGAUCUUACUCAAACAUUUCAAACCCACCUAGAGCCUUUCCUGAGACUGGAGAGACCGUGUAUUCAUCUGAUUCCAGUUUAAGAUGCUGGGUUGAUAAAGCAGCUGCCCAGCCUGUGUGAAGGUUCAGUCCUAGCACUGUGUAAACAGUGCAUUGUAUUUAAUGCCUGGGAUUAAAGGCGUGCACCACCA